AUAUACAAUAGAUCUUCACUGUCGUAUCAUAGAGAGAAAGAGAGAGAGAAAGAGAGAGAUGUCGAGUCAGAAUAUCGAUUCGAGGUGUAAAUUUAACUCGGGAGCGAAGCAUCGCGAGUACUUUCGAUCGGUGAAAACGAAAAUUAUUCAAACGUUUCUCGUCGGUCUGGUUCGUAAAAUAGAACGUAACACGUAUAACCAGGGAUUUGUGUAAAUAAAUAAAAACUUUCAAAAACUAUUGAUAAUGAUCGACGAUAGAAAAAUAAAAUACAAAUGGUCGAUUAAUGCUUAAGCCCCGUACGAAAUUAUUUAAGAAUAUUAAUAAUUGAAGGAACGAAAGGAAUUCAUAUAAUUUAAUGGAAUAAUGGAACACGAACGAAAAAAGAAUAAAAGGACAAAAAAGCAAGGAAACAAAAAUUAACAAAAAACGCAUUUCGUAUAGAAAUAAAUGACUUUCCCUUUCUAAACGAUUCCCAUUCGUUAUGCGAACAUUUUCGAUAUCUAACACGCGCUUCAUGCACGAAUAACGACAUGAAUGUCCUUUUAGAAAGAAUUGAAUUGAAUGCAAGCAACGUAUCGCCCGGAAAAUUUAUAAUCGUGGUAACUACCGAAAAUCCAAUUACCCGUCAAGGUUUAUGUCGGCGAAAUAUCUAUGUAUAGGUAUAUAUCUAUGUAUGUAUAUAUCGGAAAAUUUCAUCGUCCGUGGGCAAACUCAUAUGGGACGUAUGUAUAUAUAUACAUCGAACUGACGUCGUAAAUACCCCUACGUAGGAAAUACCGUAGGAUAACCGCACCAUUAUCGAAACCUUUUCGAAAAUUCUGAUAUUUUGAAAUUAACAACCUGGAUUAAAAGGCGGCCAUUAAGCGAAAUUUAUGUACAUAUAUAUAUGAAAAAAAAAAAUGAGAAAAAAAAAGCAAGAAAAAAGUAAUUUUAAAUCAAAGUGUAUUACUUUAAAUUUACUAUUAUUGUUAUUAUUAUUAUUAUUAUAUUAUAUCAUAUUAUAGGAAUGAACAGAAAUUUAAUAUAUCCUUGCUAGCAUUGAUUCGAUUGAUUUGUUUGAAAUCGAUAAAAGAAGGAAAUUAUGAUGAGACUAAUUGUAAAAAAAGAUCAAUCGCCAUUGUAAAUGGUAACAGUAUUUGAUACUCUUAUGAUUGAGAAAGUAAAAGAGAAUGAAUCUUCUUCGUAGAAUGGAAAGGAGAGUACGAUUAAACUGGAUCUUGAAAAAAGUUUUCGAGGAAAGUAGAACAAUCUGUAAAGAAGAAGAAGGAUGAAAGAAGGAAGGAAGGUAGGAAGGAAGGAAGGAAGGAAGGAAGGAAGGAAAAAAAAUGAAGUAGUACAGAAUAGAAUAUGAAGGUGAGAGAAAAAAAGAGAAAGAGAGAGAGAGAGAGAAAAAGAUGUAUAUCUCGAGAUAACACCUAAGGCAAAAGUGAAAUUAAAUAAUAUCACGCCACCGUAGUAUCCUUCCUAACCCAAGAUAAAAAUUGCAAAGAAAUGUAGAUCGAUAUAUCGAAGUAUUUAUUAUAUUGAAUAAUACCAUAAAUUAUACCGUGAAGUAACGUAAUAUUAAAUAAAAUUCAACGAUAUUUAUUUUUUAUCCGAUAUAUAAGAAAUUUUCUUCGUAAUGAUUUAUCAAGGAAAGCAAAAAAGAUAUCCUACUAAAUUUAUCUUAUCAUGGCAUAUUCUUUUCUUAUCAUAAGACGUGAUUCGAUAUAAUCACAUCGACUUUCAAAAUCAACGUGUAAUUAUUUAAGGAUACGAUCGAACGCAUCAUUAUAUUUUCUGUUCUAAUAAUCUCCUGUCAAUCUUAAAAAGGAAGAUGUUUAAGAAUAACUUUAUCUUUCUCGUAAUGAUUAAAAAAAUAAAAAAGGAAAAAAGAAAGAAAGAGACAGAACGAGAAGAAAAAGGAACAAACAUAAAGAAAAAGAAAAAGAAAAACAAUUGCGUGGUUGAAGACUAGGAGGUAAAAGAGUCGACGAAAAUGUUGGAUAUCAUUUUCGAAGUAACGAGGGAGAAAAGGUAAGGAUAGAAAGUAAAGAUUUUAACGAGGAGAACAAAGUAGGGAAACUUGUCUGUCCUUGCCACGUGGGUGGGUUCAAGUAAACGGACAAGUUUUAAAACCCUUAAUCCUCGAAUCCUGGGUACUACUCUAUGAAAAGAAAAAGAGUAAACGAAAGAAAGAAAGAGAGAGAAAGGAGAGGGAGAGAGAGAGAGAGGGAGAGGGAGAAGAGAAACACGAAACGAGAGAAGAAGUAAAGUUUACAAUGGUAGUGGUUGGUGCGGUUAAGCCUCUGUCAAAGCACCCUAGGAUCACUUUAACGUUCACUCGUAUGGCUUGUUAACCGUGUUUACAUCGAAUGUUAAUACGCUGCUACGUCGUACUACGACAAGGACAAUGACAACAUAACAACAAGGACAACAAGGACGAUAACGACGAUAACUACACGCCUUCGUAGUUUCGAAGAAAUUUCAUCUGUUCCGGUAGAAUAUCAUGCGAAGAGAAACAGAUUAUACUGGACGAGCAUAAUCGUUUGAGGCAACUGGUGGCACUUGGACAAAUUCACGGCCAACCUGGGGCGGCUAAUAUGAUGGAAAUGCUUUGGGACGACGAAUUGGCCGACGUUGCACAAAAAUGGGCAGACAGUUGCGCCGAGACGCACGAUAAUUACAGAAACGUUCGCAGAUUCGCAGUGGGUCAGAACAUAGCACGAACUUGGACUACCAGACCCCCGGGACCUUACGACAGCGAACCGAAUUGGAGACGACAAAUUUCGGGCUGGUUCAACGAGGUUCAACACUAUCACACCGGUUACAGUAAGACUACGGGACACUACACGCAGUUAGUUUGGAGCGAUACGUUUCUCAUAGGCUGUGGAUAUUCGUUCUAUUACGAUCCAGCGAAAGGAUAUACUAAAAAUUACGUUUGCAAUUAUGGACCGAGUGGAAACAUCAUUGGUUACCAACCCUAUCAAUCCGGACAACCUGCAUGUAGUAAUUACGGAAUGAUUUAUUCAAAUCGAUAUUCUGGUCUCUGCUCACGGGGGAAUUAUUAUCACUUAGGCGCAUUAUGUGUCUACGGCUAAACGCAUAAAUGACCAAAUGUUCAUCAAAAACACGAUCCUCGAUUUUAAUCGUAUGCGAAAUAUGAUUAAAUUAUAUAUUAAUCACUUACUUGAUAUGCAUUUGAUAAUGAAGAAACGCAACCCUAAUCGUUAAAUACGAACAAACUUGAUGAUAAAGACGGCUAUAUGAAUAAUCGAAAUUCAUUAGUAAAUUAAAAAAAAGAAAAAAAAGAAAAAAAGAAAAGAAAAAAGAAGGAAUAAGUUAAAAAUACUUCAAACUACUGUUGUAAAAAGUAUUUAAAAUUUUAAGUAGGAACGUUCGAAGUAAGAUUUAGAUGUUAAAAUUUUAGAUAUUUUUUAAUGUUACUUUUUAUCUAUUCUAGUUCAAUUUAUCUAGUCCCGUUAUUCGUAUGUAGUCGAUUUCUAUGAAUUAUUUUAUCGCGCGUAUUAUAGAGGGAAACAAAAAUAACAUAUUGUUAAGAAAAAGAUUAAAAAAUUAUUUGCGAAGUAUAGUCAACGUAUAGGACAUAUGUAUACAUAUAUCGUGUAUGCAUUAUCCACUUAUAAAUUAUAAAUAAAAUUGACUUACCUUAAUAUUGAAAAUUACUUUACUGCGUUAGACGAAAUCCCACGAGGAUUCUAAAGUUUCGUAGAAGAGUGACACCUUCGAUAAUGGUUAACGAUGAUCGAUGAACAAAACCAAUAAAUAUAUUAACGGCUUUUCUUCCUAAACAAAAAUGGUGACGGAGUUUUUUUAUAACAUGAUAGAUUAUAUAUGUGUGUAUAUAUAUACGCGCGCGCGCGUGUAUGUGUAUGUGUAACGUGUAUAUGUGUGUAUAUACACGUGUGUGUGUGUGUGUGUGGGUGGGUGUUUACUCGUGUAUAUGUAUAUGUAUACGCGUGUGUGUGUGUCUCUCUCUCUCUAUAUAUAUAUAUGUGUGUAUGUAUGUAUGAACUUAUGUACGUACAUAUGAAUUGCAAAAAAUAAGCAAUUUUAAUUGAAUGAUUUCAAAAAAAUAAAAAAAAUAUAUAUAUUCAGAAUUAUUUCCAUUUCUAAUCUGAAUAACUCUUACGAUAAUCUAUUAGGUUAUAUUCUGCCAUUUUGUCUUUUCAAUAUCGUACGAUUAUAUUCGUAUAUACAUACACACAUACACACACACACACACACACACAUAUAUAUAUGCACAUCUUUAUAUUUUUAUAUAUCAAGAUAUUUUCAUAAUUUACUGUGUAUAUACGUACUCGUACCCAUGUAUCAAUGAACUAAUAUAAAAAUUUGCGAAAUUUUUAAGUAUAACAAUGUAUUCACUUUCGGAAAUAUUCAAACGAAAAGAAGUAAAAAAUUCAAGGUCAAAAAAAAUGAACAUCGUAACGGUCGUACUGGAUAAGAAUCUGAAAAGGACUUACAAUUCGUUUACUGAGGAAGUUAAACUCGAAAUUGUUGCACCAAUUUGUUGUUCGACAAAUCGUCGACGAAAACUUCACGAAAUUGUCUUUAAAACUUGAAUGAAAAUAUUUAUAAAAUGUAAAAAAUGAAUAUUUCAAAACACGCACGCACGGUUAACGUUCCCGGCAACCGACGCAAUGAAACGAUCGUGGUGGCGCCUGUGUCGCUUCACGCUAUUGGCUCGAAUAUUCUACGAUACUCCUGAUUGGUCCAACGCUCUAUGCUGCUAAGAGCGCGAAUUGCGACUUAUAUUUGAACGAAUAUAUCCUUAAAAAUAUACAGAAGAAGCACAGUGCCCGUCACUUAAAUAAUUAUUUAUUCUUAUUUUAAAAUAUAUAUGCACAACAGAGCUUAGAUAUUAUUCACAAUUAGGUUUUGAUUUACAAGUAUGUAUAAUCUUUACAAUCCGCAAUGAGGUAAAUUCUAAAUUAUCAAAGAUACGACCGAAUGGCUCGUAAGAAUUGCAUUCACAAAUUGUCUAACUAUGAUCGUUUUUUUUUUCUUUCUUUCUUUCUUUCUUUCUUUUUUUCCUUCCUUCUUUUCGAUAUAAUGUACCAUUAAGAAUCUGAUAAUAAAAUCACAGAUCAUAGAACGUCAUACCACGAAUCGAUUUCGAUAUAAUCGAGGAUUUAUGACGCUCAACGGGUAAAGACCUACAGAUGAUGAUAAUCGACCGUGCGUGUCGAAUGGAUAUGAGGCGAUCAAUUAUGUGGAAGCUGUUUUAAUUAUAAUAGUUUAUAAUUUGCCAUAAAAUAGAAUGCGUUUCAAUGUUCAAUCUUCGAUUACUUUUUCUUUUUUCUUUUUCUUUUUUUUUUUUUGGUUUUUGGUUGCUUUUUCUUUUCUUUACUAUUAUUAUUAUUAUUAUUGUUGUUAUUAAUAUUAUUAUUAUUAUUAUUAUUAUUAUUAUUAUUAUUAUUAUUAUUAUUAUUAUUAAUAUUUAUAUAAUUCCUCGGUAUUACGUUAAAUUCGUAUUAUUUCAUAAAAUAGAUAUAAUCCUGUUUUAAUUAUAUAGCUUUGUGCAUUUUACGUAGCCAUUGUCUUUACAAUCUCAAUAUGUAUAUCAUUGAUCAUAUCCAUCAGAACUUAUGAGUCUGAGAAGAAAAUGAUCGUCAUAGAACCGUUGUAUUGUAUCUUAUUAUUAUUAUUUCAUUCUCUUCCUUUCUUUUUUCUAUUUUAUUUUAUUUUAUUAUUAUUAUUUUUUUUUUUUCCAUUAGGUUACGGUAGCUGAUAAUCAGUUUUUAGAACCCUUUCAACGACAAUCUCACCUAAAUGUUGUAGCCCUUUCAAUAGAAGAUUUCUUCCCAUACUCAUAUAAGUUUAGUCGCUAUAUCAAAGCAAAAAGAGAUUUUUUUUUUUCUGUAGAUGCAUACGAUGAUAUAAAUUUUCUAUUACUUAAUUAGGUAUCGUUAGCAACAUUAAUAAUAUAAUGAUCAGACGAGACAGCGAUAAUGUGAGGUCGAUAAUAAUAAUGCCGAUAAUUAUAUUAUCUGUAAUAAGUGUAUAAGUGAAGGUUCGCGAUAAGAAAAUGUUUUUAAGAGAAAGUGUGAUUUAUCAAAAUAAAAUAAUAUCGAGAUUUAGCAAAAUGUCGACGAUGUAUUCUCGAAAAAACAUAUAUAUAUAUAUACACACACACAUACAUAUAUAUAUAUAUGCAGAGGGUUGAAACAUAUAUGUAUGUACAUACAUUGUUUUGCAUAUUACAUAGCAACGUAUGCGUAUAUGUACAUUUUAAGCGAUAAAGUUGAAGAUGCUUUUGUAAAUAUAACCAGUCCAUACCGUGUUUCGUUCUCUAUUUUUGUUUUCCUCUUUCUUUCCUUUUUAUUUCUUAAUAUUUCUUCUUUUUUUUUCGUUUCCUUUUUUAGCAAUCUAAUAAUAAUAAUAAUAAACAAGUGGUCAAACUCACUCGACUUGUACGAACGAACGGCGCCGAAAAAUGUUUCAAUUUUGGGCUCGAAUCCCAUUUCGCUCGUUACACAUUUUCCUUACGUAUGUAUUUUCUCUAGUAGUCUCUCUCGAUGAUUAACUCUUUUACGUUACUUUCCUAUUUACAUUUAUUCGAGGAUAUUCGCGCCAGCGAGAGAACGAGAGCCAUGACGGUUCAAUAAUAUUUAGAUUCACGCACAGACGGAGGGAAAAUAUUAUUUUGGACUUAUUUUAUUUCGAUAUACCGUCAAACAAACGCAUUUUUCUGCAUCGACAUCCCGUUUCGAUAUCAGAAUCCUUUCCUUUUUCUCUUUUACUACUGAUUCAACGAUAAGGAUGAUUGUUUCUGUUGUUUUUAUUCCUUUUUUUUUUUGUUGUUGUGUCUUUCUUUCCACCUAUCCUAUCUUUUUUUUUUUUUUGUAUAUUGAUACACACGAAAAAGCGAUACACGAUUGCGAGUAAUAAAGUGAAUUAUCAAUUUGUUUUGCCGUCUUCGAUUUUGCGAGUUGAACUCUUAAAAAUAUCUUUCCCGUGUCUGCUUAUACAUAUUCUUAAGUUUUAUUAACAUAUUCGUAAAUGAGAUCUACGAAAGAGAUUUUUUUUCUUUUUUUCUUUUUUCUUCCUUUUUUUUGUUUGUUUGUUUAUUUGUUUGUUUGUUUUAAUUCGAACGGAUUCACCUAGUAGUUAUUAAUUUCUUACGAAUAAGUAA